CUUUCCGCGCGGCGGAAGAGCGCGCGCCAGCUUCGGCACACCUGGGUGCCCGAUCCCAGCCACACGCCUCGUCCCCUACAAGCUCCUCCGAGCCCCGCCAGCUGCUGGGGGAGCGGCGGCCGUCCCGCUCCUGGAGGUUGUCCCCUGGCAUCCUCGGGUCCGCAGGAAGGAAAAGGAGGCAGCGGCAGGAGCCCUGGUGGGCGGCCUGAGGUGAGAGCCCGGCCAGCCCCUCUGGGAAUAUGGCGACCGGUGGCUACCGGACCAGCAGCGGCCUCGGCGGCAGCACCACAGACUUCCUGGAGGAGUGGAAGGCUAAACGCGAGAAGAUGCGCGCCAAGCAGAACCCCCCGGGCCCGGCCGCCCCGGGAGGGGGCAGCAGCGAUGCCGCUGGGAAGCCCCCCGCGGGGGCUCUGGGCACCUCGGCGGCCGCCGCUGCCAACGAGCUCAACAACAACCUCCCCGGCGGCGCGCCGGCCGCACCUGCCGUCCCCGGCCCAGGGGGCGUGAACUGCGCGGUAGGCUCCGCCAUGCUGACCCGGGCGGCCCCUGGCCCGCGGCGGUCGGAGGACGAGCCCCCAGCCGCCUCAGCCUCGGCUGCAGCGCCUCCCCGGCGUGACGAGGAGGAGCAGGACGGCGUCCCGGAGAAGGGCAAGAGCUCGGGCCCCAGUGCCAGGAAAGGUAAGGGGCAGAUCGAGAAGAGGAAGCUGCGGGAGAAGCGGCGCUCCACCGGCGUGGUCAACAUCCCUGCUGCAGAGUGCUUAGAUGAGUACGAAGAUGAUGAAGCAGGGCAGAAAGAGCGGAAACGAGAAGAUGCAAUUACACAACAGAACACUAUGCAGAAUGAAGCUGUAAACUUACUAGAUCCAGGCAGUUCCUAUCUGCUACAGGAGCCACCUAGAACAGUUUCAGGCAGAUAUAAAAGCACAACCAGUGUCUCUGAAGAAGAUGUCUCAAGUAGAUAUUCUCGAACAGAUAGAAGUGGGUUCCCUAGAUACAACAGGGAUGCAAAUGUUUCAGGUAAUCUGGUUUCAAGUAGCACACUGGAAAAGAAAAUUGAAGAUCUUGAAAAGGAAGUAGUACGAGAAAGACAAGAAAACCUAAGACUUGUGAGACUGAUGCAAGAUAAAGAGGAAAUGAUUGGAAAACUCAAAGAAGAAAUUGAUUUAUUAAAUAGAGACCUAGAUGACAUAGAAGAUGAAAAUGAACAGCUAAAGCAGGAAAAUAAAACUCUUUUGAAAGUUGUUGGUCAGCUGACCAGGUAGAAGAUUCAAGACUCAAUGUGGAAAAAAUAUUUUAAACUACUGAUUGAAUGUUAUGGUCAAUGCUAGCACAAUAUUCCUAUGCUGCAAUACAUGAAAAUAACUAAGCAUGUGUAUUUAUUUCUAGAAAAUGGAUGUUUGUUUUCAGAAUACUUCUUUUUCAUUAUUGGUUUUAAAAAAAGCAUCAACCUUUUAUCUCACAAAUAAGUAGUAUCUUUCAGUUAUUAAAUGAUAGGUAAUGCCUUUUUGGUUUUGUGUGGUAUUCAACUAAUACAUGGUUUAAAGUCACAGCUGUUUGAAUAUAUUUUAUCUUUGGUAGUACAUUUUCUCCCUUAGGAAUAUACAUAGUCUUUGUUUACAUGAGUUUAAAUACUUUUGGGAUAUUACCUACACAUGCCUUAUUACUGAUGUGUGCAACCUUUUAUGUGUUGAUGACUCACUCAUAAAGGUUUUUGUCUACUGUCAUUUCUUUCCACUUAUUCUAAGCAUUUAGAGUAAUAGAGUCAUACUUUUGUGUAACAGCAACCUCUUAAAAGGAAAGCUCUUAUAAAGUCAUUGUUAUGUUCUAGUCGAUUAAAUAUAAAUUUAAGAGAAUACUUGAAUUGCGCUAUAGUAAAUAAAAAUUUACUAUUUUGUGUUUGA